CCCAUCAUCGGGACAGCAGAAUGAGUGUCCCAGGAACAAGUCGGUUUAUCGAUGAGGAACUGUAUUCCCGGCAGCUCUAUGUGCUGGGCACAGCAGCCAUGCAGCGACUACAAGAUACCACCGUGCUGGUGUCCGGCAUGAGAGGACUGGGUGCGGAGAUCGCCAAGAACCUGGCACUGGCCGGAGUUGGUAGCCUCACCGUGCACGACCCCAACCCUGUCCGCUGGACAGACCUCUCCUCUCAGUUUUUUCUGUCAGAGGAGGAUUUGGGGAAGAACCGGGCAGAGGCCUCUAAACCCCACCUAGCUCAGCUCAACAGCUUCGUCCCCAUCAGGAUCCACACGGAGCCCCUCACUGAGGCCUUCCUGUGUGGCUUUCAGGUGGUGGUGCUCACAGACUCGACACUCAAGGAGCAGCUAUGGGUCGGGAAUUUCUGUCACAAGCACGGUGUGCGCUUCCUCGUCGCUGAUGCCAGGGGCCUGGUGGGGCAACUUUUCUGUGACUUUGGAGAAAAAUUCACCAUCCACGAUCCUACUGAAGCAGAGCCAAUGUCAGUCCCAAUCCAGCACAUCUCCCAGGGAUCUCCUGGACUGGUCACCCUUACCGCCGGGCAGCCUCAUAACUUCCAGGAUGGGGACUGGGUCACCUUCUCAGAAAUCAAGGGUAUGAUGGAGCUCAAUGACUGUGCCCCCCAGCCUAUUCAUCUAUUGGAUGAGUGGACCUUGGAGAUUGGGGACACAAUGACCUUUACCCCAUACUUGAGCGGCGGGAUUGUCACUGAAGUCAAGAAACCUCAGAUCUGCAGCUAUGAACCCCUGCAGCAGGCUCUGGACCAGCCCCAGAUUCUGGCUUCUAGCCCCAAAGCGAAUGAACAAGCCCAGUGCCUUCACCAGGCUUUCCGUGCACUGCACCACUACGAGGAACAGACUGGUCACCCACCCCGACCUUGGAACCUGGUUGAAGCAAAUGAAGUGGUCGUCCUGACCCAGAAGCUUAUGCCCCAAGAACAUCCCUUAGAUGAUGCCCUCGUGAGGAAGUUUGCCUUGUGCUGUGCUGGGGACUUGAGCCCCAUCGACUCUAUUUUAGGUGGGAUCGCAGCCCAGGAGGUCCUGAAGGCGGCCUCGGGGAAAUUCUGCCCCUUGAACCAGUGGCUAUACAUCAACGCCCUCGAGUGUCUCCCAGAAGAUGGGGAGCCCCCGCUGAGCCCUGAAGAUUGUGCCCCCCGCAACAGCCGCUACGAUGGACAGAUAGCUGUAUUUGGGACUGAUUUCCAGAAGAAGCUGGGCAGUCAGUGUUACUUCUUGGUGGGAGCCGGGGCGAUUGGCUGUGAGCUGCUCAAGUCCUUCGCAAUGCUGGGCUUGGGAGCUGGGCCAGGGGGAGGUGUUACUGUCACGGACAUGGACUCUAUUGAACGCUCCAAUCUCUGUCGCCAAUUCCUCUUCCGUCCACAAGAUGUGUCUAAGCCUAAGGCGGAGGUGGCGGCAGCUGCAGCCCGGCGGCUGAACCCUAGGCUGUCAGUAACCCCGCACGUGCACCGUGUGGGGCCUGACACGGAAAGCAUCUUCGGGGAUGACUUCUUCUCUGGGCUCCAUGGUGUGGCCACAGCACUGGACAACUUUGAAGGCCGACAGUAUGUGGCCAAUCGCUGUGUGCACUACCUAAAGCCGAUGCUGGAUUCGGGCACGCAGGGUACCCGGGGUACUUCCAGCAGCUACCUACCUUUCCUGACCCAGCGCUACCAAGCCCCGGUCGUGGACACUUCACCCACCUAUCCUGUCUGCACGCUGCGCCACUUCCCCAGUGCCAUUGAGCAUACCCUGCAGUGGGCCCGGGAUGAGUUUGAGGGCCUGUUCCGGCAGCCGGCAGAGACUGUCAACCGUUACCUGCGCGAGCCAUCUUUCCUGGAGACAUUGGAGGGGGCACAGGCCCUGACGUUAUUGGAGAGCGUCUACAGUAGCCUGACCCAUCGGCCCCAAGACUGGCGUGACUGUGUGAGCUGGGCCCGGCACCUCUGGCAGCUCCACUACCACAAUGACAUUCGUCAGCUGCUGCUCCACUUCCCCCCAGAACAGAUGAGCCAAGAUGGAGUCCCCUUCUGGUCUGGAACUAAGCGCUGUCCCCAGCCUCUGGAUUUUGACUGCUGCAAUCCCACCCACCUGGACUACAUCCUGGCAGCUGCCAACCUGUACGCCCAGAUUUACGGACUGUCGGGCUCCAAGAACCGAGACACACUGCAGGCCCUGCUGGGAGAACUGUCUGUCCCUGCCUUCCAGCCCAGGGCUAAUGCCCAAAUCUUUGCCAGUGACCAGGAGAUGGAACAGCAGGCCCCAGAGGACUUCAGCACAGAGCAGGAGAAGAGACUCCAGCAACUGCGCGGGGCCUUGGGGAAGCAGCAGGAAAUCUUCCUCCACGCCUCCCCGAUGAAGCCACUACUGUUCGAAAAGGAUGACAACAGUAACUUCCAUAUGGACUUCAUUGUGGCCGCAUCCAACCUGCGCGCCGAGAACUACGGGAUCCCCCCGGCCAACCGCAGCAAGAGUAAGUUUAUCACAGGGAAGAUCAUCCCGGCCAUCGCCACCACCACAGCGGUAGUGGCCGGUCUGGCCUGCCUGGAACUCUACAAGGUGGUGUGGGGACACCAGAGGCUCAGCUCGUACCGCAACAACUAUUUGCACCUGGCUGAACCCCGUUUCAGCCGUUAUGUGCCCUUUGCCCCCAUCAUCCAGAAGUAUCGCCACCUGGAGUGGACUUGCUGGGAUCGCCUGACUGUGCCCACCCCCCAACCCAGCCAGCCAGAAAUGACACUGCAGGACUUGCUGGACCACAUCUGGGCGAAGCACGGGCUGAAGGUGACCAUGCUGCUUCUCGGCUCCGCCUGGCUUUACUCCCGGGGCUGGCAGGAGGCGAAGCGGAGCCGACAUCUGUCACAGAGGGUGACGGAGCUGGUGGAGAGAAUCACGGGCCACGCCCUGGAGCCCCGCUGCCGGGUCCUGGUCUUGGAGAUGGGCUGUGAGGGUGAGGAGGAGGACACGACCUUCCCCCCGCUCCACUACUGCCUGCGCGGAGCCGAGCGCCUGGUCCCGGGUGAGUGACCAGGAGUUGGAAGCGCCCCCUGGUCCCGGGGCCUGGGCAGCCUCGGGGCCCAGAGGCCGCAGUGUCACCACCAAUAAAGAUGUGGCGCAUCCAUUCUGGGUGAUGGCAGCCAACUGGAA